UCUGGCGGAAGGCGGCGGAGCAGCAGCGCGGCCUCCUCAUCACAUAGAAGCCCCUCAGGAGAAACCCCCAGGAUGGCCGGGAAGGACGAAAAAGAUGGGAAAGAUGGGAAGGAUGGAAGCACGGAUGGCUGGGCAGGCAUCGAGGAGCGCCUGGAGAAGAUCCGGGAAAGCCUCCGGACCCCCUCAUCCCCGGCCUCCCGCCGCGCCCACGCCUGCGACCGCGCCCUGCGCGCCUGCGUGGCCGAGCUGGCCCGGCCCGGCGGGCUGCUAGCCCACGGCACCCAGCUGCUAGCCCUAGCCCAGGAGGCCACCCAGCUCUACCUGAGCGUGGUCCCCGAGCCCCCUCACCUGUACCUGGAGAAGAUCCUGUUCCACGUGCUCCGCAACGCCGCGGCGUGGGUGGGCCCCCACGCCUGGAGCGUGGCCGAGCUGCUGCGGGCGCGGCUGCGGCGCGGCCGCCGCGGCGGCGGCGACUGGGCCGCCGUCGCCUCCGGCGCUUUUGCCGUCCUUUGGAGAGCUGCGGCGGCUCUAGCCGGGCCAGAGCGGCCGCGGGAGGAGGGCAGGGCGGUGCUGACGGCCCGGAUCCGCGCCCUGCGCUUCCUGCUGCUGCUGGAAUCGCAGGAUGGCGAAUCCUCACCUCGGGAAUCCUUCCAGCCGCCUUUCUUCACCUCGCGGACCGCCCAGAACGCCGCGGCCGCCGCCGCUCUCUACGAGGCUCACAGGGCUCCGUGCCCGCUCUUCCUGGCCAGGCAGCUCCAGCAAUUCCUGCUGGACGCUCUAAAGGAUGAGGCUCCUCAGCCUCCGGGCCUCCGGGAUUCCCUGUGCUUCCUGGAGCUCACCCUGGAGCGCUGCCGCCACCUCUGCAAAGCGCGGCGGCCCCGCGACGCUCUGGACGCCCUGGAAGAGUCCAGAACGUUUUUGGGAGCUGGGAAUUCUCUGGGAGCCCCUCUGGAGCUGCUGGAAGCCGGGAUCCAGCUCAGCAGGGCUUUGCUGACCAAAGGCGUGAGAGCCGUGGCGCCGGCGUUGAGCCGGGCGGGAGCGGCGCUGGCGGCGGAAUGUUCCGGAAGGAUCCUGCGGGUGCUGCUGGAAAGCUCCCAGUUCGUGCUGGCGCAGCUCGGGGAGGUGCUCAGGAGGAGCCAGGAGCUGCCCCUCGGCCUCCAGGAGCUCCCUGGGAUUUGUGGAUUCUGCCAGGGCCACGGGCGGGCGCUGCGGCGGCUGCUGGCCCAGGUCCCUCCUGACUCCGUCCAGGAGCAAGUGAUGGUGAAGCAGCUGCUGUUCCACAGCCUCCAGCUCUUCUCCAACGCCAUCCACGAAAUAUUCCAGCGCUCCCAGCCCUCGGGGUGGCCGGAGCUGGCGCAGGUGACCACGAGCUGUGUCCAGAGUGUCACCUGGAUGCUGGAGGGGCUGGAGGGGCUGCCCGAGGCCGAGAGGGGCAAGUUCCUCGAUGUCACCGCUGCCACCGCCUUCCGCCUGGGCCAGGCCUUGCAGAGCCGGAACGUUCCGGAAGCGGCCGGAGCCGUGUGCGAGCCCCUGUGCCGGGCAGUGCUGGCCGGCCACGGCUACGGCUGGCCUGGAGUCACCCCAGAGAGGCUCCACAGGUGCUUCCGGCUGCAGGUGGAGAGCUGGCGCUGCCGGGGCCGGCCGGAGCGCGCCCUGGACGCGGUGGCCCGGUGGCUGCUGGCCCUGGGGACACGCUGCCAGGGACUGGGGACACACUGCCAGGGACUGGGGACACACUGCCAGCAUCCCCAGCCCGUCCCGGGCCAGCCCAGCUCCCUGGUGGCUGAGCCCGUGGCGCUCUGGGCCAGGAUCAAGACAGAGGCGGCCAAGCAGGGAGCGGAGGAGCUGCGGCUGUGGACCCUGCGGGACGCCCUGGAGUCCCAGUCCCGCUCCCACUGCCAGUCCCUGUCUGGGGACACGCUGCUGCUGCUGCUGCUGGCCGAGCUCCAGGCCUACAAAUCCCUGCGGGGCCCCACGGGGCCGGAGCGCUACAACGUCCUGUGCGACCUGCUGGGCCUGUGGGAUCCCCAGGGAGCCUGGGACCCCCCGGGAGCGCGGGGUCCAGGGGGGAGCCGGGACCCCCCGGGAGCACCGGACCCCGGCCGGAGCCUGCCCAGGGCGGCAGCGCUGCUGGAGCUGGGCCAGCUCCUGUGCAGCCACAGCUUCAGCGCCCACACCGACUGCUCCGCCCUGGACGCCAUCCAGGAAGCCCUGAGGCUGCUGGAGUCGCUGGCCCAGAAUUCCCAAACCUGCAAUUCCCAAAUCCGGGAUCAGCUCCUGGACGAGCGCGCCCAGGCCCUGCUCUGGCUCCACAUCUGCACCCUUGAGGCCCUCCUGGAAAAGAGCGUGGCUCGGGAGCGGCGCGGGCGGGGCCGGGCCCCGGAGCCGGGCUGGGAUCAGGAUCCCGAGGGAGAGCGGCCGGAGGCGCGGGACGGGAUCCGCUGCAGCCUCGGCUCCGAGAGCGCUCUGUCCAAACCCUUGGACGAAGCCUUUUCCCUGUGGAAGAAGCUGCUGGAAAAUGCCGGAAUUCCCGAGGUGCGCAGCCUGGAGCAGACCGUGAGCUCCCUGCAGCUCCUGGCCGAGCUCUACCGCCUCCAGGACAAGCCCAUCCAAGCCCUGGAGAGUUUCCUGCUGCUGCGCUCGCUGUGCCGGAGGCUCGGGGAUCGUUUGGGAACGGCCACUGCCCUGUGCCAGCUCACCCGGAUCCUGCUGCGGCUGGACUGCCCUGCCCAGGCCCAGGUUUUCCUGGAGGAGCUGGAAUUGUGCCUGGAGGAGGACGAGGGCAGCGAGGAUUCCCGGCUGCUCCUGCGCCAUUCCCGGCUCCUGCUGCGCAGCCGCCUCUGCUGCCUCCAGAAAAAGGUGGAUCAGGGCGUGGCCCUGCUGCUGGAGGCCCUGAGGGACCCGUGGGCCCAGAGGGCCACCAGGGGCUGGUACCUGGCACAGGCCCAGAGGCUGCAGCUGGUGGCCACGAUCCUGGAGCUGCCCCCGGCCCACCUGGAGGCGCCGCUCCGGGAGCAGAUCCGGCAGCACGGCUGGAGCAGCCCCAAGGUGGCCCUGCUGGAGGCGCAGAAGCUACUGAGGAGCAUCCUGGUGUUCCUGGUGGGCAGCGACGUCCUGGGCAGCGCCCGGAGCCGCCCGCCCGAGGAGCCCGGCCCCGACUGCGGCUGGAGCAGCCCCAAGGUGGCCUUGCUGGAGGCGCAGAAGCUGCUGAGGAGCAUCCUGGUGUUCCUGGUGGGCAGCGACGUCCUGGGCAGCGCCCGGAGCCGCCCGCCCGAGGAGCCCGGCCCCGACUGCGGCCCAGCGCUGGUGCACAAGUGGCAGGUGCUGGGGGACACCCUGGGCUGCUGCCAGCGCCUGGUGACACUGCUGGGCCACUGCGAGGUCCUGUGCCAGGCCAGGGCCUUCUGCAGCGAGGGACUGACCGUGGCCGGACACCUGCAGGCCGCCCGCUGGUGCACGUGGUUCCUGGUGCUGCAGUCCCAGCUGGAGCUGCAGCAGGGGGAGCUGGAGCUGAGCCAGUCCCACCUCCAGCACGCCCAGUUCCUGCUCCAGCCACAGACUGAACCCAAACCCUGCUGGGAGCCUCGGCAACGCCUGGCCAAGAUCCAGCUCCAGAAAGGCCACCUGGAGAGGAGGAAACCUCUGGAUCCCACUCCUGACCCCAUUCCUGGUGGGGAGGAGGACGAGGAAUUCCUCAAGGGUCCCUCCCUGGACGCCAUGGCUCCGGCCGCGCUCCCGGAGCAGCCGGACGCUCUCACGGCCUCGCCGGAGCUGAAGGGAAGAAAAGCCUGGAAAAGUCUGGAAUUCCUGUCCCACCCCUCGGGAUGUCCCUGCUCCUUCUGCUGUGACCCUGCCCUGGUGGCCCUGGGGCUGCGCUGGCUCCUGGCCCAGGCCCGGGCGUGGCUGCUGGCCGGGGAGGUGGCAGCGGGGCUGGCCCUGCUCAGGGGGGUGCUGGCACGCUGUGGCAGCGCCGGCACCCGCCUGGCACGGGAGCUGUGGGGCAGGGUCCAGGGCGCGGGGUCUGGGGGCAUCAGGAGGGCUGGGGGGAGUGGGGACAGGAGCCUGCAGGGCCCCUCUGGCAAUGGGGACACGGGCAGGGAUAGGGGAGCUCCUGGGAAUGGGGACAUCAGCAGGGAUGAGGGAAUUCCCGGGAAUGGGGACAUUGUCAAGGAUAAGGGAAUUCCUGGGGAUGGGGACAUCAGUGGGGAUGGGGACAGGAAUCUGUCAGACCCCUCUGGGAAUGGGGACAUUGUCAGGGGUGGGGACAGGAGUGUGCAGGACCCCUCUGGGAAUGGGGACAUCAGCAGGGAUGGGGACAGGAGUGUGCAGGACCCCUCUGGGAAUGGGGACAUUGUCAGGGGUGGGGACAGGAGUCUGUCAGACCCCUCUGGGAAUGGGGACAUUGUCAGGGGUGGGGACAGGAAUCUGUCAGACCCCUCUGGGAAUGGGAACAUCAGCAGGAAUGGGGACAGGAGUGUGCAGGACCCCUCUGGGAACGGGGACACCAUCAGGGACAGGGACCCCUCUAGGAGCAGGGACACCCUCGGGGACAGGAGUCUGCAGGAACUCUCCAGGAAUGGGGACACCCUUGGGGACAGGGACCUGUGGAAUCACUCCAGGGGCAGGGAUCCCUCUGGGAAUGGGGACAUCAUCGGGGCUGGGGACCCUCCUGGGGUUGGGGACCCUUUUGGGGACAGGGACCCUCUUGGGGACAGCACCCCGGGCCCGCUGGCUGAGCUGGUGGCCACUGGCUACUCCACGCUGGCCCUGCAGAGCCUGGCCAGUCCAUCCCAGUGCCCCCCAGUUUGGGAUGAGGAUCUGGAGCAGGGAUUGACCCUCUUGGGGUCCCAGAGUCCCCCCGUGGCCGGCCUGGGGGUGGCAGUGGCCACUCUGCUGCUGGCCAAAGCCGUGGCCACCCUCGGCCGCGUGGCCACCGCCCUCGGCCGCUCCAUGGAUGACGUCCUGGCCCAGGCCUGGACCCCCUGUCCCCCACCCCAGACCCCAAACCCCUCAAAACCCCAAAAAACCCCCAAAGCUCCCCCCAAAACCGGACCCCAAAAAGCCAAAGCCCCCAAAGCCAAGGUGGGGAAGACCCCAAAAGUGAAGCCCCCCAAAUCCGGGGACGUUUUCACCCUGGGGGACUCAGACCCCGAGGUCCCCCCCAUUGUCCUGCGGCCGGGGGGGCCUUGCACCCCCCACCCCAAAUCGGGGGUGCCCCCAAAAGCGCUGCUGGGGGGGCCCAGGACCCCCUUCACCAUCUUCAGCGAGGAGCCCUCCCCACCCGGGGGCAGCUCCCGGCUCCGCAGGGCCCCCAAAAUCCCAGGAAGGGUCAAGUCCCGGAUCAGGGUGACAUUCAGUGACAGCGACUCUGAGGAGCCCCAAAUUCCCCCAGAUCCCCCCAAAACCACCCAAAAAACUUCCUGUGCCAAGAGGAGGGUUCAGCCCCAAAAAUCCCCCAGGAAUUCUCCAGGAAUUGGAGCUCGGCCCCGGCGGGGGCGGCCCCGGAAGGAGCUGGGGACCCCCAAAAAGAGGGAAAAAAGGGGGAUCAACCACCCCAAAAUGGAAAACGUGGGAAAAAGGGGAAAUCCCGAAGUGGAAAAUGUGGAAAAAAUGGGAAAUCCCAAAAUGGAAAACGUGGGGAAAAGGGGAAAUCCCAAAGUGGAAAAUACGAAAAAUGACAACAUGGAAAAUGUAGAAAAGAAGGAAAAGGGAAAAUCCCAAAAAUCUCUGGAGAAGAAGGAGAACAGGGGUCCCCGCCGGGCUGGGGGUCCUCGGGGAAAGAAGGAGAGGGGGACCCCCCAAAGUGGAAUUUUGGAGGAAAAGAGGAACUGGGAAUUUUCUGGGAUUGAGGAGCGGGACCCCCUGAGGGCCGUGGAGGAGGAAGAGGAGGAGGAGGAGGAGAUGAGCUUCGAGCUCCCCCCGCUGUCCCCAGGUGGGGCCAGCAAGGAAAUCCCAGGAAUUGGGGACAAGGGGGAUCCCCCAAAUCCAGAGGGAUCCUGCCCCUCUGCCCAGCCCGGUGACCCCUCUCUGGCCGCUGUCCGGUCCCUGCUGGCCGAGGCGCUGGCGUGGGUCGGUCACUUCCCGCCGGGCUCUCUCUAUGGCCAGCUGUGCCAGCUGCUGGCCAUGGCCCUCGGGGACAGGGACCCGCUGGCCACCGCGGGGCUGCUGGCAGAGUCCCUGAGUGUCACCAUGCGCCACCAGCUGCUGGCCAUCGUCCACGCCAGGGCACGGAAGAAGAGGAAAGCAGCAGCAGCAGCCAGAGGGGACAUCUCGGAUCAGCUCCGGGGCCUCUCCCUGAAUUCCCAGGAUUCCCAGAAUUCCCAAAAUUCCCAGGAUUCCCAGUCCCACCUGGCCGAGCUCGAGGAGCUUUUCCAGUUCAGCUCCACGGGUGUGGGGCCGGCGGAGCGGGAGCGGUUCCGGGAGCAGCUCCAGAAGAUUCCCAGCGGUGUCACCGUGUGCCAGCUGUCCCUGGUCAGUGCCACCCCCGGGGCCCUCGGGGACACGCUGCUGCUGACGCGGCUGGAGCGCGGCGCGGAGCCCGUCAGCGUGCGCAUCGCCACCGAGCGCUGCCAGGCCCCCCUGAGUGGGAUUCUCCAGGAGUUUGAGCGGAUCCAGCGGGAGCAGCGCGAGGCCAACGCCUGCACCGAGCGCCACGCGUGGUGGGAGCGGCGAUCCCGCCUGGACCUGCGCAUGCAGAACCUGAUCCAGAACCUGGACUCGGAGGUUUUGGGGUGCUGGCGGGGGCUGCUGCUGCCCCGGGAUCCCGGGAAUUCCCCCCUGGAUGAGCAGGAAUUGUCCCAGCUGCUCCAGGAGCUCCGGGAAUGCGGCUGGGACCGGCCCGAGCCCGCCCUGCUCCGGGUGCUGCUGUCGGCGCUGUGUCCGGCCGAUGUCCGGCCGCUGGCCGCAGCGCUGUGUCCGGCCCGGCCGCUGCGGGCGCGGCUGCUGCUGGACGAGGCCCUGGAGCGGCGCCGGGAGGGCCCCGGGGGCAGCGCGGGGUCCCUGGUGCUGCUGCUGGACAGGCACCUGCAGCGGCUCCCCUGGGAGAGCUCCAGGACCCUCCGGAACGUUCCGGUGACGCGGCUGCCGGGGCUGCGCUUCCUGCUGCGCUACGGGCUGGCACGGCAGAGCUCCAGGACCCUCCGGAACGUUCCGGUGACGCGGCUGCCGGGGCUGCGCUUCCUGCUGCGCUACGGGCUGGCACGGCAG